GUGAGUGAAGAUGGCGGCCCCGCUGGUUCCUCUCUCCCAGCAGGGUGUCCUCCAACCUCCUACCUCUGGCUCCCGAGUCCUGGGAUUAAAGGCCUCUUGAAUUUAUUUGAUGAUUAUCAUCCUGUCUGGGAUUCCUGGUGGAAAUCCAUUGUAUGAAUCUUAUUACAAGCAGGUUGAUCCAGCCCACACAGGGAGAGUUGGGGCCAGUGAGGCAGCACUGUUUCUGAAGAAGUCAGGACUCUCAGACAUCAUCCUGGGGAAGAUAUGGGAUUUGGCUGACCCAGAAGGUAAAGGGUUCUUGGACAAACAGGGUUUCUAUGUUGCUCUGAGACUGGUGGCCUGUGCACAGAGCGGCCAUGAAGUCACCCUGAGCAAUCUGAGCCUCAGCAUGCCACCACCUAAAUUUCAUGACACCAGCAGCCCACUGAUGGCCACACCACCUUCUGCAGAAACCCAUUGGGCUGUGAGGGUGGAGGAGAAGGCAAAAUUUGAUGGCAUUUUUGAAAGCCUCUUACCCAUCAAUGGUCUGCUUUCUGGCGACAAGGUCAAGCCGGUACUCAUGAACUCGAAGCUACCUCUGGAUGUCCUGGGCAGGGUCUGGGACCUAAGUGACAUCGACAAGGAUGGACACUUGGACCGAGAUGAGUUCGCUGUGGCCAUGCACUUGGUGUACCGUGCCCUGGAGAAGGAGCCUGUGCCCUCUGUCCUGCCCCCAUCCCUCAUCCCACCCUCCAAGAGGAAGAAGGCCGUGUUCCCGGGUGCUGUGCCUGUCCUUCCUGCCAGCCCCCCACCCAAAGACAGCCUCCGCUCGACGCCAUCUCAUGGUAGUGUCAGCAGCCUCAACAGCACAGGCAGCCUGUCCCCUAAGCACAGCAUGAAGCAGACUCAGCCACAGGUGGCCUGGGUGGUGCCAGUCGCAGACAAGAUGCGAUUUGAUGAAAUCUUCCUAAAGACUGACCUGGACUUGGAUGGCUAUGUGAGUGGUCAAGAGGUGAAGGAGAUCUUCAUGCACUCCGGCCUUACACAGAACCUUCUGGCACACAUCUGGGCCCUGGCUGAUACGAGACAAACAGGGAAGUUAAGCAAAGACCAAUUCGCAUUAGCUAUGUAUUUCAUUCAGCAGAAGGUCAGUAAAGGCCUCGACCCCCCUCAAGUCCUCUCACCUGACAUGGUGCCGCCCUCGGAGAGAGGCACUCCAAUCCCGGACAGUUCCAGUACUCUUGGGUCAGGGGAAUUCACUGGAGUGAAGGAGCUUGAUGACAUCAGCCAAGAGAUCGCCCAGUUACAGAGAGAGAAAUAUUCUCUGGAACAAGACAUUCGAGAAAAGGAAGAGGCAAUCAGACAAAAAACCAACGAAGUUCAGGAAUUACAAAAUGAUCUCGACCGGGAAACAAGCAGUUUGCAGGAGCUGGAAGCUCAAAAACAGGAUGCUCAAGACCGCUUGGACGAGAUGGACCAGCAGAAGGCCAAGCUGAGAGACAUGCUGAGUGAUGUGAGGCAGAAGUGUCAGGAUGAGACCCAAAUGAUCUCAUCAUUGAAAACACAAAUCCAGUCUCAGGAAUGUGACUUGAAAUCCCAGGAGGAUGACCUGAACCGUGCCAAGUCAGAGCUGAGCCGGCUACAGCAGGAGGAAACACAGCUGGAGCAGAGCAUCCAGGCCGGGCGCGCCCAACUGGAGACCAUCAUCAGAUCCUUGCAGUCCACACAGGAUGAGAUCAACCAGGCAAGGAGCAAGCUGUCACAACUGCAAGAGAGCCGCCUGGAAGCCCACCGGAACCUGGAGCAGUAUGACCAGGCGCCCGAAGGGGUGUCCGGUGCCAGCCUGCCCAGCCUAGCUGGCUUGAGUGAAGGCAUCUCGCUGGCAGAAAGGGGCAGUUUUGGAGCCAUGGAAGAUCCUUUCAAAAAUAAAGCCUUAUUAUUUAGCAACAACACGCAAGAAUUACAUCCAGACCCCUUCCAGGCAGAGGACCCUUUCAAGUCUGACCCAUUUAAAGGAGCUGACCCCUUCAAAGGUGACCCGUUCCAGAAUGACCCCUUUGCAGAGCAACAGACAGCAGCAACAGAUCCAUUUGGAGGGGAUCCUUUCAAAGAAAGUGACCCAUUCCGUAGCUCUGCCUCUGACAACUUCUUUAAGAAACAGACAAAGAACGACCCCUUUACCUCAGACCCAUUCAUGAAGAACCCAUCUUUACCUUCAAAGCUCGACCCUUUUGAAUCCAGUGAUCCCUUUUCAUCCUCCAGUGUCUCCUCAAAAGGAUCAGAUCCCUUUGGAACCUUAGACCCUUUUGGAAGCGGGUCCUUCAACAGUGCUGAGGGUUUUGCUGACUUCAGCCAGAUGUCCAAGCCCCCACCUUCUGGUCCUUUCACCUCCUCCUUGGGAGGCACAGGAUUCUCAGAUGAUCCCUUUAAAAGUAAACAGGACACUCCUGCUCUGCCUCCGAAGAAGCCCGCUCCUCCUCGGCCCAAACCGCCCAGCGGUAAAAGUACACCUGUAAGCCAGCUGGGUUCUGCAGAGUUCCCCGAGCCCCCCGAUCCAUUCCAGCCACUUGGGGCUGACAACGGCGACCCGUUCCAAAAUAAGAAGGGGUUUGGGGACCCAUUUAGUGGAAAAGACCCAUUUGUCCCCUCCUCUUCAGCUAAACCUUCUAAGGCUUCUUCCUCCGGCUUUGCCGACUUCACCUCUUUUGGCAAUGAAGAGCAGCAGCUGGCCUGGGCCAAGCGGGAGAGUGAGAAGGCAGAGCAGGAGCGGUUGGCGCGGCUGCGGCGACAGGAACAGGAGGAUCUGGAGCUUGCCAUUGCCCUGAGCAAGGCUGACAUGCCAGCUGCCUAGCAUGGGCCAGUGCAGCAGGACUUGCAGGAGGGUGGGUCAGUGGGAGAAGCUGUAGGUGUCUGUAUGUACACACCAUGCUCAGAGUGGCCCCUGCUUCGUAUGACAUGCCACAGCCACCAUACAUCAAGGACUAGCUGGCCAGAAGGCCUCAGGCUCCUGAGGAGCUUGUUCAGGGCCAGCAAACACAGCACACCUCUGUGGGCAGGCAAGAACCACAGCUGCAGGGGGGAAGGCCUGGCAGCCUUGAGUCUGUCUUGCCAGUGUGCCAUUCUUGGGGGUGAUUGGUCAGCUAGUUCUUCUUUCCAGACCCCUCACAGUAGGCAGGGGAGGUAGAGCCUUUGGGUUCCUCCCCUCCCAACUUCUGGCUGCAGACAAGUCCCACUCCUAGCCCCUCCCCCAUCUGUGAGCCUCCCCUCCCCCACGAUGUAUGCAUUUGUUGUAUAAAAAUGGAGUUUGAAUGAUUAAUAUAAAGUAUUUUAAUAGAAGACAAAA